AUGGCCGAGUUGAGUGACCUAAGUGAUGAUGAUUUGGAAUCGUUACUCGAAAAUAAUGUUAAUAGAAGCGUAAAUGAAACAAUAACGCGUCACAGCAUACCAGUUCAAAGGGAUCUGUUUAUGAAUGUAAUUCCAGGCCAACAGACAUUUUAUGAGGAACGUACAGUGGAUGUGAGUUAUGGACCGACACAUCAUGAACUAAAUCACGAGAAUUUGGGCACUUACAAGUACCCUACAAACUACGAAGUGCGUCAAUAUCAGUACGAUAUUGUGCGAUGCGCAUUAUUUGAGAAUGUGCUUUGUGCGAUCCCAACGGGUACUGGUAAGACUUUUAUUGCCAGUACAGUGAUGUUAAAUUACUAUAGAUGGACUAAACGGGCCAAGAUUAUAUUUACUGCACCUACUAGGCCUUUAGUUGCUCAACAGAUCAAGGCAUGUCUGGGAAUUACUGGGAUUCCUUAUUCAGAUACAGCGAUUUUGCUUGACAAAUCGCGUAAAAAUAGGGAGGAGAUCUGGCAGCAGAAGCGUGUAUUCUUCACAACACCACAGGUUGUAGAGAAUGAUCUUAAACGUGGUGUGCUUAAUCCAAAAGAUGUUGUAUUGUUGGUUAUCGAUGAAGCUCAUCGGGCGCGAGGAAAUUACGCGUAUGUGGAAUUGACCAAAUUUAUUGACCGGUUCAACACGAGCUAUCGGCUUCUAGCGCUUACUGCUACACCUGCUGCGGAUUUGGAAGGUGUGCAAGAGGUGGUAAACAAUUUACACAUUUCGAAGAUCGAGUUGAGGACCGAGGAUAGUCUGGAUGUAGCGCGAUAUAUGAAACGAAGAGAUAGAGAGAUGGUGGAGAUUUCGUUGAUACCAGAGAUCGAGGAAGUGGUAGAGCAGCUUGGGAUUGCGAUUGCGCCGGUGCUUCAGGAGGCAAUCCAGCUAGGGAUAUAUGAGAGUUGCGAGCCGCAUCAGAUCAAUGCGUUUGUAGCGAUGCAACAGAGCCAGAAAGUGAUUUUAAACCCAUCGAUUCCCGAGGGGCUCAAGUGGAAGAACUUUUUCAUAUUACAGCUCUUAAGUCAGGUUGGGCAUAUGUAUCGUCGGUUACGGAUAUAUGGAUUGAGGGCCUUUUAUAACUAUUUCCAAAACAAAUACACAGAGUUUACUACCAAGUACAAUAUGAAGAAAUCAACUAACAAGACUGCGGCCAAUUUCUACUAUAGUCCGAUUUUGAAAACGACGUUGGACAAGUGUAAACAGCGGUUGGAUGAAGCUGGAUUUUACAGCCACGAAAAGCUGGAAUACUUGAACUCAGAGCUAACGGACUUCUUCUCGUGUGCUCCUCCGGACUCGAGAGCGAUCAUCUUUACCGAGUUAAGAGAGUCUGCAUUGGAGAUUGUGAAGUCAAUUGAUUCUUUGAAUGAGCAAUCGUUAAGGCCUCAUAUUUUCAUUGGACAAGCCAAGGGGAAAGAAGGGUUCGAUGAAGAGUCUUACGUUAGGAAGAACAAACCCAAGGGUCGUACCAAGGCCGAUAGACUACGAAGACUGGAAGAGGAGAAGCAGCUAGAAGAGGCCAAAAAGAGACAAAAAGAGCAAGAAAAGCAAGAAAGAAUUGCCAGAAGGACUGGUAGUUCUGAAGAGGCUCAAUUGUCGGGGAUGAAUCAACGACAACAGAAGAAAGUCAUUUCCGAUUUCAAGAAAGGUGCCUACAACAUCUUGGUUUGUACCUCCAUCGGUGAAGAAGGUUUAGAUAUCGGAGAAGUGGACUUGAUAGUGUGCUUUGAUAGUACGAGUAGUCCGAUCAAGAACAUUCAGCGUAUGGGAAGAACAGGUAGAAAAAGAGAUGGUAGGAUAGUGUUGUUAUUCAGCGGAAACGAAAAGUUCAAGUUCGAGCAAGCAAUGAAUGACUACGAGAAUUUGCAAACUGCAAUCACGCAAAACGUGUUGGAAUACACAAAAUCGGACCGGAUCCUCCCACCAACAGCCAAUCCAGUUUGUGAAGAAGAGUUUAUUGUGGUGUCGAAUGAGAACGAUGAAUUCAACAAGUUAGAUGAUUCGGACGAAGUUAUCAAAUACGCGACACAGGCAAUGUUGGGCAAAAUAAAGAAAAAAACUGACAAAGAAACAAAACCCAAGGCCACGGCCAAGACCAAGACCAAGUCCAAAGCCAAGUCCCAGAGCAAAGAGAAGACAUUUUUCAUGCCUGAUAACGUCACUGAAGGUUUCACUUCCGCUUCCAAUUUGUUAAACAAGUUUACCAUAAACGAGUUUGGAGAAAAGGUCAGUAUUGGGCCAGCAAAACUGGGUAAUGAUGUCGUUAAAAAGCCCAAGACAGAAUGGAAUAUGUUGGAUGAGAUAGAGUACGACUCCAUUGAGGUGUCUCCAGCCAAAAGUAACGUGGAGCCCAGCCAAAAACCCAAGGACGCCGGUGCGCCAGCGUUAACCUCACAACUGGCUGCCAUCAACGGCGGUAUCCUAACCCCAGACGAGACCACAAACCAGAUCCAAUCAGCCUCCUCUUCGCUGUCACGCACCCGUUUCGAUUCGGACUCCGUAACUGAGUCAAUGCCAAUGCCAAUGUCAAUGUCAGAGUCGCCUAACGAGCCUGAUUCCUCUCACGUGACCGAACCCGUCCUGAAACGGCUGAAGCUUGCCAGUGAGCAAAAAGAACACUACCACGGACAGCCACUUGUCUCACACUACACCACCGGGGACCCAUUGUCCCCGCAAGAACGCAAGCAUUUCUUAAAAAACUACGUACCGGACAGAAUCCAGUGGAGCAUCGCCCCACAAAUCUCGCAUCCCAAGACCUCAAAACUACCACAUACACCCAAAAUACAAACUAUCCUUGACACAUUCACAGACAUGCGCACAGACAAGAGAGAAAAAAUCAUCGACAUGAACAGAACAAACGCUCUAGCAAGAAGCGUAGGCUACAACCGCAGCGUCGGCAUGGAACUCGAGGUAAUGUUACCGUCAAUUAUCGUUCCAAAUCCUCCACCAUCAAAUACCCAAAACUCCGAUUCUAGGGGCCAUUCCCUCGGCAAGUCCUCAGACAUUGAUACGCUCGGUGAUGUCCUUGAUGAAGAAGGUCUCUCGGACUUAUUGGAUGAUUAA